CGGAGAGACACUCUCAGUCGCUUUCUCGGGUAUCGGGGCCAGAAGGAGAGCCUCCGCUACUCGCUCCACACAUGCAGAGCAGCUCCGGCUUCACUUUCUGUAGAAGCUGCAGGCUGACACCUUGCCAGGAGUUGUUCCAUUCCGCUCACAGGUCCACCACUUGAGGGGAACGAUGGCCACAGAGUCCACAGCCACUGCUGCCAUCGCCGCGGAACUGGUUUCCGCCGACAAAAUUGAAGAUGCUCCAGCUCCUUCUACCUCUGCAGAUAAAGUGAAAAGCCUGGAUGUGGAUAGUGAAGCUAAAAGACUAUUGGGAUUAGGACAGAAACAUCUAGUGAUGGGGGAUAUUCCAGCAGCUGUCAAUGCAUUCCAGGAAGCAGCUAGUCUUUUAGGUAAGAAGUAUGGAGAAACUGCUAAUGAAUGUGGAGAAGCCUUCUUUUUCUAUGGAAAAUCACUAUUGGAAUUAGCAAGAAUGGAGAAUGGUGUGUUGGGAAAUGCCUUGGAAGGUGUGCAUGUGGAAGAAGAAGAAGGGGAAAAAACAGAAGAUGAGUCUCUGGUAGAAAAUAACGAUAACAUAGAUGAGGAAGCAAGGGAAGAGUUGAGAGAACAGGUUUAUGACGCCAUGGGAGAAAAAGAAGCCAAAAAAACAGAAUGCAAGUCUUUGGCAAAGCCUGAAACUGGUAAAGAACAGGAGAAUGAAAUGGAGAAGGGUGGAAGAGAAGAUAUGGAUAUAAGUGAGCCUGCAGAGAAGUUACAAGAAAAAGUUGAAUCGACUUCAAAUCAGUUAACUGAAACUUCUGAAGAGGCAAAAGGAGCAUCAGCACCAGAAGGACUGAAUGAACCUGAGGUCACUUCUGAGAAGCCAGAACAGGAAGCAUCAGAUGCUGAGGAAGGAAAAUCAGUUUCUGGAACUGAAGUUGAGAAAGAAGAGUGCAGAGAAAAAGGAGGUCAGGAGAAGCAGGGAGAAGUAAUUGUGAGUAUAGAGGAGAAGCCAGAGGAAGCUUCAGAAGAGCAGCCUAUAGUGACUCUAGAAAAGCAGGGCACUGCAGUGGAGGUAGAAGCAGAAUCUGUAGAGCCAAUAGUCAAGCCAGUGGAUGCGGGUGGGAAUGAAGUAAAGGAACCAGUAGCUACCUCUGAAAAUGACCCAGGAAAGGCUGUCCUUGAGCAACUGGUAGAGCAAGAAGUACAUUCUGCUGAAGAGUCAGAGGUGGUGACAACAGAAGCUGAAGAGGUCUCAGCUGCAGAGGCUGGAUCAGAGGUCUCUGAGAAGCCAGGGCAGGAAGGCACAGUUUUCUCUAAAGAUGUUGCAUUCAAUGGACUGUCAGCUGCAGGAGAUCAGACUCCUAUUGAACCAAAGACUUCUGAAGAAAGAUUGACAGAAACAAAAGAUGGCUCAGAGGUAGAGGAGAAGGUCAGGGCAGAGCUAAUUCCUAGCCAGGAGGAGACUAAGCUGCCUGUAGAAGAGUCUGAGGCAGCUGGAGAUGGGGUUGAGACCAAGGUAGCCCAGAGGGCCACAGAGAAAACACCUGAAGACAAAGUUAAGAUAGCUGCUAAUGAAGAGACAGAAGAGAGAGAAGAACAGAUGAAAGAGGGUGAAGAAACUGAAGGCUCAGAAGAGGAAGAUAAAGAAAAUGACAAGGCAGAAGAAACACCAAAUGAAUCAAUUCUUGAAAAUAAGUCUCUUCAAGAAAAUGAAGAAGAGGAGAUUGGGAACCUAGAGCUUGCUUGGGAUAUGCUGGACUUAGCAAAGAUCAUUUUUAAAAGGCAAGAAACAAAAGAAGCCCAGCUUUAUGCUGCACAGGCACAUCUUAAACUUGGAGAAGUUAGUGUUGAAUCUGAGAACUAUAUCCAAGCUGUGGAGGAGUUCCAGGCUUGCCUAAACCUGCAAGAGCAGUAUCUAGAAGCCCAUGAUCGUCUUCUUGCAGAAACUCACUACCAGCUUGGUUUGGCCUAUGGAUAUAACUCUCAGUAUGACGAGGCAGUGGCACAGUUCAACAAAUCUAUUGAAGUCAUUGAGAAGAGAAUGGCUGUACUAAAUGAACAGAUGAAGGAGGCUGAAGGAUCAUCUACUGAAUAUGAGAAAGAAAUUGAGGAGUUGAAGGAAUUACUACCUGAAAUUAGAGAGAAGAUAGAAGAUGCGAAAGAGUCCCAGCAUAGUGGGAAUGUAGCUGAAUUGGCCCUGAAAGCUACUCUGGUGGAGAGUUCUACUUCAGGUUUCACUUGUAGUGGAGGAGGUUCUUCAGUUUCCAUGAUUGCCAGUAGAAAACCAACAGAUGGUGCUUCCUCAUCAAAUUGUGUAACUGAUAUUUCCCACCUUGUCAGAAAGAAGAGGAAACCAGAAGAAGAGAGCCCCCGGAAAGAUGAUGCAAAGAAAGCCAAACAGGAGCCAGAGGUGAAUGGAGGCAGCGGGGAUGCUGUCCCCGGUGGAAAUGAAGUUUCCGAAAACAUGGAGGAGGAAGAGGCUGAGAAUCGGGCAGAAAGCCGGGCAGCAGUGGAGGGGACAGUGGAGGCUGGAGCUACAGUUGAAAGCACUGCAUGUUGAGAGGGAACAGAACCUUCCUCCCAAGAGAGUGUUUUUGUAUAUAAUGUAUUUUUUCACUUUUGGGGAUUCUUUUUGUAUAACUUCAAUAAAGAUUGUAAGCAAAGGUUGAGGCUUUGAUGGUUUUUUCUUAAAUAUUGGCUGAAUCCAUGCCUCGGGGCAGUCUCGGUUUUAUAUUAUAGUGGCCAAAGGUACUUUUUCUCCCCACUUCUGUAUUGAUCUCUGUUGGAAGUUCUAACGCCAACUCCUGUCUGAUGUGGAAGUGAUAAAUUAAGUGUGAUUAUAGAUAGGCCUUUCGUUUCCAUCGGUGCUAUAUUUAUCAAGUUACUCGACUGAACUCAGUUGUCUUGCAGACUUUGUGGUGCUGUCCCUGGAUGGGGGCUACAAAAACAAGAUUUGGUGAAGAUCUUGCUGUUUGGUGCUGAAAAUGGACUAACAGUCAGGCCUUUGGUGGUACCUGUCUUCAGUUUACCUCAUCUCCAUCUAGGGUUAUAUCCUAUGCUGGAAAAAGAAUUUUGAAGACGACUUGGGGGAGAAAGUGAUCCCUGUGGAACUAUAGAGAGAAAACUGUCUGUGACUGACGUAAUGGACAACAUGUGGUUGGAAAAAUGUGUGUGUGGGGGGGAAGGCUGGCUGGUUUUGAUAUUUACUGUAUAGAAAGAUUGAAAAACAUUUAAACUUGGAAUUGUUAACACUGUCUGUAGUUAUGACUUCUCAAAAUAAAGAUGUGAAUAAAAA